GUCUGCCUCCAGGCUACCUCGGCGUCACACUCCUGCUCACAAGUAAAGCCUCGGAACAGAGGAAAGGAGGAGACAAAAGGAGGGCAGCUAGCAAGACAUCCCGACACAAGCACCACAAGCUCAUUCACUCACUCACACACACGCGAGCUCUUAUGACACGGUCAACUCUACCGCAGGCUUCCUGAGUGGAGAGCGGGAGGGUGGAGGCAAAGGGAGAUAACACUCAGAGCGAAGCAGGUUGGAAGAGGGACACAUUUACAGAAGUGACAGAGAUGGCAGUAUUGUAAGAAAAAAAGACUAGGGAGCGAGACAGAAGCAUGUGUCUCUAUAUAAGAAGGUAGAAGGAUUGAGUUACAAAAAUAUCCUUGGCGAUUUUAUUAAUAGAGUUGAAAAAAGCAGUUAUGUGGGAAGAAGCAACUUCUAUGAACACACUAAGAUAAUAUUAAAAGAGGAGAGUAGAAGAACAAAGCGAAGAGAAGGAGAAAAAGAAAAGUAUUUGAAAUAGGAAUAGUGAUCCGCGUAGAGGUAUAAAAGAAUAUCCAAAUAGUGUAGAAAGUAAAGAUUCAAAGGCAGUGACGCCCAUUCAUAAUGCUCUAUCGUCUCUCUCUCGCUCACUAGUUAGUAGCUAGCAACUUUUGAGUCAGGCGUUAUAAGCCUUCCUCCUAUAUUAUCUUAAGUAUUGGCAGACAAAUAGCUAAGGAAAUAAGCCAGAGCAGCACCAAAGGUAAUCAUCAUGUCUUUCAGUAAGACAGACACUUAGCACAGACACUGCAACAUCCCACCCGUCUCUGCAGCAUUACCGGGAAGCGGGCAGAUCCAGUUUCAGACAAGGUUUGAGCUAUCAACUUGUCUGGAUAAGUUGAGUGCAUCAUGCCACACUGAACUGUUAAUGAGGAGAUGGGACGAAGAUUGCUUUUGAUCAUUUGUGUGGAUUUUACUUGUGAACAGCUUUACAAGCAGGGAGAAAGUCAUCAAGAACCAAAACCGAAACUCUCCCUUGAAGGGCAUCAGACCUUUAUUAUUUAAUAUUUGUUUGAGACAAUGUCUGAGCAAGAUAAAUUGAACCAAGUGACACUGGAGGAGACAGGAGGAGAACAAGAGCCAGAGACCUCCCCAACGACCCCAGAAAAGAACAUCAUUAAUCAGACAGGAAGCCUUGAGACAGAAAAGGAAAAUGAUGAGAAGAAAAGAACACUAAAUCAGAAUCAGCAAAAAAGGAGACCUAAGUCAGGGGCAAAGGGCAGACUCGUAAGAAGCCAUGCUGUUUGUGAGGAACCCUCCCCUCUUACAUUUGGUGAAGAGUAUCCAGACAAUCAGGAUUUAGCUAAUCUGCAGCUUUCCAGCUCUAUCAAUCUGCAAGAGAAUAUAUUUCCACAAGAGGACAGUGAGAAAGAAAAAGACAGAAUCAAAGAGAAAAAACCUAAGGGCAAAGCACUUUUAAAAGAAUGUAGUCAAGAAUACACAGACUCCACUGGUAUAGACCUACAUGAGUUUCUGAUUAACACUUUAAAGAAUAACCACAGGGACAGAAUGAUAUUAUUGAAUGUGGAACAUGAAAUCAUUGAUUUCAUCAAUGAAAACAAUAACCAUUAUAAAAAGUUCCCUCAAAUGUCCUCAUACCAAAGGAUGCUGGUACACAGGGUCGCUGCUUAUUUCGGAAUGGACCAUAAUGUUGAUCAGACAGGGAAGUCUGUGAUUAUAAACAAAACAGCAAAUACUCGAAUACCAGAGCAAAGGUUCUGUGAACAUUUAAAAGAUGAAAAAUGUGAAGAAUCCCAGAAGCGAUUUAUCUUGAAGCGAGAUAACUCUAGUAUUGAUGCAGAAGACAAUCAGCAAAAUAGAAAUCAUCCAUUUAGAGAUGACAGACGAAGUAAAUCAAUUGAGGAAAGAGAAGAAGAGUAUCAGAGAGUGAGAGAAAGGAUAUUUGCCCAAGAUUCAGUUACCUCCCAAGAAAACUUUUUCAUGGAAAUCAGAAUUGCAGACAGCACAAGUGUAUGUAAUGACAUACAAAAGAAGAGGCAGCUUUUUAGGGGUAAUAGAAAUGGCUCUGGAAAAACAUCUGGAAGUCGUCAAAGCAGCACAGAAAAUGAUCUAAAAUGGGCUGAUCAAAGACCUUGGAGCAGUACAGAUUCAGAUAGCUCAAACCGCAAUCUGAAGCCAGCCAUUACAAAAACUGCCAGCUUUGGUGGAAUAACAGUGCUGACAAGGGGAGAUAGCUCUGGCAGUAGCAACAGGAGCACUGGCAAACUGUCUAAAGCAGGUAGCUCAGAGUCUUCCAGCAGUGAUGGUUCCUCAGGAUCUCUAUCACGAACGCAUCAGCCUCUUCAAAAUUCACCCAUUGUCCCAGGAACGUCAGUCAGCACCACAGGCAGCAUAUCUUUUCCUGAAAAUGGAGUAGCUCCUAGUAACACCAGCUAUAUUUUACUGCCACUUGAAGCUACAGGCAUACCUCCUGGCAGCAUCUUGCUCAACCCUCACACAGGCCAGCCAUUUGUAAACCCAGAUGGCACACCAGCGAUAUACAAUCCUCCCAAUAUUCAACAGGUGUUAAGACCCCAAAUUCUUGGACAAACAUCUGAACAGACUUCACAUCAACAGCAAACCCAGCAGCAAGUACAGGGGCACCUUCCUACACAGACUGUCCAGGCUAUGCAGACCUCACCUCAGACUGUGCAAUACCCUGUUGUCUCUUAUCCUCCUCCUCAACAUCUUGUUCCUGUCUCAUCUACACAACAAUUCCAUGUGAGAGAUGACAUAACAAUCCCGUUUAACCAGCUAAACUUGAGUCGCCAGUCAUCAGGGGAGACAUCUGAGCCAUCUUCUUGCCCUGUCUUUUCACCAGGGCUUCUAGCACAACCACCCCAGCAGCAAAGUUUUAUGUUAGCCUCUUCUUGUCAAUCAGUUUCACCUGGAAGUUCAUAUCAAUCAGCCACACAAGUACUGCAGUCCCAGUCACCACAGGGAUAUGUUAAUCAAACACCUGCACAGAUGCCAGUAUAUUAUUACCCAUCUGGACAGUACCCUACCUCAGCAAAUCAGCAGUACAGAUCUAUUGCCUCAGUUCAAUAUAAUGCUCAGAGAAGUGCACAGAUACCGCAGAAUCUUCAUCAAGGAGGUUCUCAGUCUGUCUUGUCUAAUCACCAACAAGGAUUCCAGGGACUCGUAGGAAUACAGCAGCCUCCUCAAAGCCAGAGUUCGAUGAACAAUCAACAGGGAAGUCAAGUACAGGGCAUGAUGGUUCAAUACCCAUCCAUGCCCUCAUAUCAGGUGCCUGUGUCACAGAGUUCCCAAGGAAUGCCACAGCAAGCAUUCCAGCAACAAAUUAUGCUACCUAAUUUGUCAAGUCAAGCACCUCUAUCAACAACUGGGAUGCCCGUAUACUGCAAUGUUAUACCUCCAUCUCCACAGAAUAACCUAAGGCUGAUUACACCACACUGUCCUAAUGAUAAUGUUCCAGUUAUCUCCGCAAGCUGCAGGACAAACUGCUCAACCAUGAGUAACACUGGGUGGCAGGUCAAAUAUUGACAAGUUGGAGAAGCCUAUACACACACUGCCUGUUUUUUUAGAGUGUUUCUCAAGAAGCACCUCCUCUAUGGCUUUCAAAAGAACACAAAAAGAAGUUAUCAGUCAAGGAAAAGCAUAUUUUAACUGCACAGGAGAUUUCUGUGUUUAAACUGUAUAGGAACAAAACAUGUCAAUGGCUAAUGGUGCAUCAUUUUCACAUUUGCCAAAAAAGUGACUUUAAAACUUAAUGACAUUAAUUUAAAGAUAUUUUCUCCUACCCAUGAACACCUAUGUGUAGAAUGUAAUAACCCUAACCCAAAUUAGUUUUGUAUUUUGUGUUGACUUUUGUGAACUUAAAGUAUUUAUCUUGGAUAUAUAUUAUAUUUAUAUAUGUAAAUAAAUAUAAAAAUCACUGUACCAAAGUUGUAUGGAAAAAAAAGAUUGGUGAAAUGAAGGAAUAAUUUAUACACACUAUAACAUUUUAUAUGGGGAUUUGCUGUAUUGUAAUGUUUAUCCACAGUAAAACAAAUUGACACAGGUCACCUUUCUAUAA